AUGCAAGACCAUGAUGUCUUGAUGCUUCGCGAAGCUGUAACGACCGAACCUUACAAUUUUAAAGCAAAAAGCAGCAAGAGAGGGAAAGUAUGGGAAAGCAUCGCAGCCUAUUUGAAUUCUCUGGAGACUCCAGAGUUCAGGGUUACAGCAAGGGCAGUGAGACAUCGAUAUGCACUCCUGAUCUCCCUGCACAAAAUAAAGCAAAGAGAAGAAGAGAAAGCAUUUGGGAUCGAUGUCUCUGAUCUCACAGAGCUCAAUACCUUGCUGGAGGAAAUUCGAGAGCGGGAGAAAAGCGCAGAAGAAAAGAGUGACGCCCUGAGAAAUGAGAAGGCAAAAGGUGAGAAAGAAAAAGCUACAGCAGAGGAAAUCAGACAAGCGGCUCUUCAGAUAAUGGCAAUUAGAAAGAGCGAUGAUAGUGGCGAGAAACCAAAAAAAGCUAAAUUGAGGAGGAGCACCUUUCAUGCAAUCGGAUUUUUGGCCGAGAAGUCAGAGAAAAAGAGAAUUGAAAAAGGAAGAGUUAGCCAUCAAAAAAAAAGAGAGCUUGAUCUAGCAGAAACUAGACAAGAGGAGGCUUCCCAGCAGCAACAGACCGUGUUCUCAGUACUGAUCAACACAAUGCAGCAAGAGCAACCGCUUCAACAGCAAAACCUUCAAAUUAUGCUUGACCAGCAAAACAAGGCAUUUAUGUCAUUGACGGAAAAUAUAAAAAGGCAUCAAGCUCGUGCCUACUGA